AUGAAACAACUUCUUCUUCUUCUCUGUCUCGCCGUCGCUCCACAUUUAUCGAUUGAAGCCGGAAACGAUGAACCCGCGUGGCUCACGCGUCUCAAUAAAAAUCGCGCCGAGUACGCGAAGAAUGAGAGUUUCGCGAACGCCGCCAAAUUGGUGACUUACCUCUUUUUUUCGCGACAAAACCGUAUUCAGGAGCUCGACGAGCGUCUGAGAGCGUGCAUCGAAACGUUGAAGGGGUGGAAAAGAGUGCGGGCGGCAGGAGAAAGAGGUGACUGACGACGAGGAUAAGUGCUCGAACGGACUCCGAGAGCGCGUCGUUUUCAACUGGAACUCAUCGGAUGUGUUGCUCGAGAAUCCCGUAUUCGUCGAGUUCGCCUACAUUGAGUACAAUUGCUCCGAAGGCAUGAGCAUUGCUGUUGCCUUCGUUGACUCGUAAGUUGUUGAGAAACUAGCGCGUAACUUAAGACAAGCAAGUUUUGGAGCAAAAUGAUCAACUAUAAAGUUGUUGAGCAUAAAAUUUGCCACAACUUUUCAGUUGAUCACUUUUUGGAAUAAUGAUUGGAUCCCGAGAUAUCGAGGUUCAAAGUAAAGGGACAAAAAGGCGCUAACUAUGAUAUACCAAUGGCGGUGCUGUUUGGAAACUAGCGCGUAACUUAAGAAUGACAAGUUUUAGAGCAAAAUAAUCAACUAUAAAGUUGUUGAGCAUGAAAUUUGCUACAACUUUACAGUUGCUCACUUUUAAAAAUAAUGAUUGAAUCCCGAGAUAUCGAGGUUCAAAGUAGGAGGACAAAAGGCGAAUGGUGGUACUGUUUGGAAACAAGCGCGUAACUCAAGAAUGACAAGUUUUAGAAAAAAAUGAUCAAUUAUAAAGUUGUUGAGCAUGAAAUUUGCCACAACUUUUCAAUUGAUCACUUUUAAAAAUAAUGAUUGGAUCGCGAGAUAUAAAGGAUCUAUAAUUCCAGAAACAAAAAUGUGUUGACUGGAAAGCCUGGAUCGGCGUGUCCGAAAGGAAGGCACAAUGAGGGUGGAUUGUGUGCUAGUGACAAACACUCAACUGUUGGUCUGCACGGGACCAGCACCGAGACGAGCCGAUCAGUGGGAACGCGUCGGGGUAUGGAGCACGCAUUCGAAGAUUACGAAGAGGGCGACGAUCCGAGGAAGAUGAGCUCAACGGGCUCGAAAAUGACGCUCUUCUCUAUUGCACUCCUCUUUUUGUACGUUUGA